AUGCCAGACGCGAUAAUGAACAAGAACGGAAUGGUAACUAAGAUUCAAACGCGUAUAAGGACCGACCCUUUUAAGAAUAACUACGACCUGGUGGGGAAAGAGCUUGGCAGAGGCAAGUUUGCCGUGGUCAAGAAGUGCAUGGAGAAGGCCACGGGCAAGGAGCAUGCCGCCAAGUUUCUACGGAAACGCCGCAAGGGGCAGGACUGUCGCGGCGACAUCCUGAACGAGAUCGCGGUGCUGGAGUCGGCAAAGGCCAAUCCGUACGUGGUGGGAUUACAUGAGGUGUACGAAACCAGCACUGAGAUUAUCCUCGUCCUAGAGUGCGCCGCGGGGGGCGAGAUAUUUAACCAGUGCGUCGCCGACAACGACGAAGCCUUCACAGAGAAAGACGUCAUCCGACUGGCCCGUCAGAUCCUAACAGGCGUGGCCUGUCUUCACAGAAACAAUGUUGUCCACUUGGACCUGAAGCCUCAGAACAUUCUGCUGACCAGCGCGCAGCCGUUGGGCGACAUUCGAAUCGUGGACUUCGGCCUGUCUCGGCGCGUGGACGGCACGUCCGAGGUGCGGGAGAUCCUGGGAACGCCAGAAUACGUAGCUCCAGAGGUCCUGAGUUACGAGCCAAUCAGUACAGCCACUGACAUGUGGAGUAUCGGAGUUCUUACGUACGUGAUGUUGACGGGCGAGUCACCGUUCCUCGGAGACGACAAGCAGGAGACCUUCCUAAAUGUCUCCCAAGUCAACGUGGACUACUCACCGGAGGUCUUCCAAGGAAUUUCCAACCUCGCCGUGGACUUCAUCCAGUCGCUUCUCCACAAAGACCCCAGAAAACGGGCCACUGCAGAGCAGUGUUUAAACCAUCCCUGGUUGGUCACGCACUCCCCAGCUGUGCACACACACCACCACACCGGCGCCUCAUUGGACGAACCCGAAACGAGCCAGUCAGAAUCCGAGCCAGAGAGCCCCGCGCCAUCCCCAGAGCUGGUCGUCAUGGCAACGUACUCCACAUGCCCCGGGCAGGGGGAGCUGAAGACAGGCCGGGAUACGUUCUCUUUCUCCGAGCCGUUUCCAACUCGUCCCGAAAUCAAACAGGAGCUGAUUUGCUGAGAGCCACUCGACGUGUUGGCCAAUCAAAGGAGGAUUGCUGAAAGCGUGCAGCCAAUGAGGUUUAUUUAUGUCUUGA